AGCAGCGAGCGGCAGCAGCAGCUGAGCUACAGAGCGAGAGAGAGAGAGGAGCGCGCAAGGGGAAACGAUUUUGGGAAGAUCAUUCCCAUCACUCUGCGUCGCUGACAAACAUCAGAUGUCUCUGAUGUCCCCCACAUCAAACGGAUGACCCCACGAUGAGGAGCUGAAGGACUGAUUAAACACCGCGCAGCGGAGAAAGCAUGACAGUCUGCCCGGGGAAGAGUCCGCAGGGCGGGUGAGCGCCUUCUCUCUCGCGUCGCACCAAGAGUUGGAAGUACGCGUCAAAGAGAUGUGGAUCUGUGGGAGACUUAACGUUUUCAAUUGAGCGUUACCUUUACGCGUUGCUUUUGGAUUUCUGGUCCUGAGCUGUCCACAUCCACGGAGUGAAGCGCACUUUGUGUUUCAAAGACGCCCGCGCAUGGAUUGCAAUGCCAUAGAUAACUUAGCAGCUCCUCUGAAAGGAUGGUGGUUGUCAUGAGGAGCCUAUGGAUGUCUCAGUCUGUGGGAGAGCUGGUGCCGAGACAGCUGACCUCUCCACCAGCCACUCUUUCCACCUAAAACUCUUCCCCGGGGAGUCACAGCUGCCGCAGACCGGGGAUGCGAUGGGGUGAGUGUUGACACCCACCUCACCCACCCCCCCUCGCUCACUUUACACUGUAGCAUAAACAAUGGAUCAGAAUUUCUCAACAGUUCGAGAUGGCCAGCAGCUGCUACCAGAGAGAGAUUCAUCCAAGCGUGUACUGACAGGAUGCUUCCUUUUCCUCCUCAUCUUCACAACGCUGCUAGGCAACACGCUUGUGUGUGCUGCCGUCACCAAGUUUCGACACUUGAGGUCCAAGGUCACCAACUUUUUUGUCAUCUCGCUGGCCAUCUCUGACCUCCUGGUGGCAAUUUUGGUGAUGCCGUGGAAGGCGGCGACGGAGAUUGUGGGGUUUUGGCCGUUUGGUGCUUUCUGCAACGUGUGGGUGGCGUUUGACAUCAUGUGCUCCACUGCCUCCAUCUUGAACCUGUGUGUGAUCAGCGUUGACCGUUACUGGGCCAUCUCGAGCCCAUUCCGCUACGAACGCAAGAUGACCCCCAGAGUGGCGUGCCUGAUGAUCAGCAUGGCGUGGACCCUGUCCGUCCUCAUCUCUUUCAUUCCGGUUCAGCUGAACUGGCACAAGGCUCAGACCUACAGCUACGCAGAGCUUAAUGGAACGUACCCCAGCAAUCUGCCCCCCGACAACUGUGACUCCAGCCUUAACAGGACCUAUGCCAUCUCGUCCUCCCUCAUCAGCUUUUACAUCCCCGUGGCUAUCAUGAUAGUCACCUACACCCGGAUCUACCGCAUCGCCCAGAAACAGAUACGGAGAAUAUCUGCCCUGGAACGAGCGGCAGAGAGUGCCAAGAACCGCCACAGCAGCAUGGGAAACAGUUCGAACAUGGAGAGCGAGAGCUCGUUCAAAAUGUCAUUCAAGCGGGAAACCAAAGUCUUGAAGACGCUCUCGGUCAUCAUGGGGGUGUUUGUGUGCUGCUGGUUGCCCUUCUUCAUCCUGAACUGCAUGGUGCCGUUCUGUGAGCUCAACUUGCUGGACGGCGCGACAGACUUCCCCUGCAUCAGCUCCACUACCUUCGAUGUGUUUGUGUGGUUUGGCUGGGCCAACUCCUCGCUCAACCCCAUCAUCUACGCCUUCAACGCUGACUUCCGCAAGGCCUUCUCCAUCCUCCUGGGUUGCCACCGGCUCUGCCCGGGGAGCAACGCCAUUGAAAUCGUCAGCAUAAACAACAACAUGGGUCCCUCUACCUCAAACCCAAACUGUCAGUAUCAGCCCAAGAGUCACCUACCAAAGGAGGGCAACCAUUCGGCCAGCUAUGUGAUUCCACACAGCAUCAUGUGUCAGGAGGAGGAGUUACAGCGGAAGGACAGCGAGAGUGAAGUGGGCACGGUAAACAACGCCCUGGAGAAGCUGUCCCCUGCCAUCUCUGGGAACUUUGACAGCGAUACUGAGGUCACUCUGGAGAAGAUCAAUCCCACAACACAGAAUGGACAGCAUAAAACCAUGUCAUGCUGAGGAAUGGCAACGCUAGACUGGAGUACACACACAGGGAUGUAUGUAUGCACAAGGGGGGGGGGGGGAUCUCACACAGAUGGACAGCAAAAGGAAAUGCAAAGAGACAGACAUCUCCAUGGACAUGCCGGACAGAGACACGGUGAGAGGGGACGUAAAAAAGGCAAACAGACUGUCGACAAACAUCCACAUGUAUAAACCCACAGAAUGUUUUAAUGUAAAGGCACUUUAUCCUGGAUAUAACUAUCUGCAAAAAUGAUCUCAGCGUUUGUUGAUGAAAUCAAUGCAUUUGAAGGUAAAUGCUGACAACGUCGACAAUAAAAGCACUGGCUACCGAUGUCCAAAUGCAUACAUGUUAGAGCAGCGUUUGAAAAAAGGACAAGAGGACAGUGUAGACAGUGGUGCAAGAUGUAGUCGCUAUUAGAGGAGAGAAAAAAAAAACAAUGUCAUGUAGGUAUAGGUGCUUUAUAUGUAAUGUCAUUCAAGAGGGAACGACGUUGGUGAACUGGCUUUGGUUCAGUUUUUUUUUGUUGCAUGUAUUUCUUCUUCUUUUUCUUUGGUGCAGAACACAAAAUGAUUAUUAUUUUAGGGACAAUUUUAUUAUUUACAACCAAAUCUUCUGAUCCAAAUCAGAAGAGGUGGCAGGCAGAUAAUGGAGUUCAAGUACAGUAUUUAUAUAUUACAUUUUUACAGAAAGAAAGGAUGAAAGAGCCUUCAUCCCUGCCUGUUUUUAUCAACUUCAUCUCCCUAUGUGCUUUUCAGCAGACCCUCUCUUGAGCCGUCUCCUUUUCAUUUACGCGCCCUCCUCAGUCAGCAAAGUCCCGUCCUCCCUCGUGCCACCCUUAUUUCCUCGGCAUUGUCAGACUUCUCUUUUCUCCACUUCACUAUUCCCUCUGUCAGCAAAGGUCCUCCUGUACACCUGUGCCAUGUCUUCCUUUUCAUGUUUUUCUUUUUUUUUGGUCUCACUCCCUUUGGCAGCUCUCCAUUCUACGUCUUUACUCUGCCUACUAGCGGCACUAAUGAUUCUCUAUUUUUUUUUUUUCUUUUUGGCAAAAGCUGUCGGUGCAUAAUUUAAAAACAAAAUGUAAAUCUGUACACUGUAACUGCUCCUGGACAGUAGAGGCAGAGUAAUGGCAGCGCGACUCACUUAGCCGGAAUACAAAGUGACCCUUGGUGACCUUUUGCAAACUUGCAAAACACGUAUCUGAUUUUGUAAAUUGCUCCUGCUGAAAGCCACGCUGUGCUUUAGUGGCUGAUGUUGUGCAGGGGGCGGAUCCCUGGACAAGUCAACAUUAUGGUGGAUUGCCUUCAUGAUUUGGUCAUAUUCUCAAUGAUUUAUUGUUUCUUUUUUCCCCACCAGACGUUCACGCUUGUACAAUUGCAUUUUUUAAAAAUAAAGUCAAAGCUCUAUAUGCUGUAAAUAAAGAGUUUUGAGUCUUAGGUGACAUAAUAAUGCUAAAAAUGACACUGUAGAAAUUGGAUCAGAGUCCUGGAAAGUUGCUGAUAUUUUGUUACAUAUGCAGCGAAACUGAUGAUUUACAGUGUGCUAAUAUUAGCAGACAUUUGAAACUAUGAGCCACUGCUCACAAGAGAGCAACAAAGGCAACACGACGACUGAAGCAUUCGGAAUAUGUAAGAGAACGAAUGCAAUUACUGUUUCUGAAGUUUAUGUGUCACAAAAACGACACGGGCAGGACAUUUUACUUUACUGUCUCUGCUUAGUGGCAUCGUUUCAUUGUGUGCUGUGUGUCAAAGAAGGCGUGAAAGCAAUUGGUCUUGAAUAACGCUUUUGAUUUUUCUGCUGUGGAAAAUCCAAUGUCAUCGAGAUGGCAAUAAAAGAGAGGGUAGUUAGCGUUUUAGCUCAAUACAUGGGUUUGGCUAGUGACACAAGAGCAACACCUCGUCCUCUCUCUCUGCCUCGCUGUCCUUUUAUGCGCCUGUUGUUUCCUGCUCACAAAUAUCUAUCCAGAACUGAUGUUUAUUUUGUCCGAUGCCUUACAGAAACUGUCAUAUCAGCUCAGUGACUCUCAAUUUUCCUUCCUUUACCAGAUUCACUUAGUUUAGUCCCUAUUUUAACACCUAAUCCUGUUAGGUCCAACUUUUUUUACUUAUUUUAACCAGAAAAUAUUCAGAAAAUCUUCUUUUUUGCAGAAUAACUUUCAAUAUCUGGCAGUUAUUUGCAAUUCACUGCAUGUUAAAACAAUUUAAAAUGAAGAAAAAUGUUUUUUAUCGAGGAAAAAAAAAACACAUGAACACCAGAUUGUACUUGGUGAAUUUGAAAUUUGAACAGUAUACAACAUAUUUAAAGUAACAUUUGUUUGAGUCUUUGUCUCAAUGUCCUGCAACAGCGCAAGUGAAAUUACCGUAAUAACCACACGUUGGCUUUGACGUGCAACGUCUCAUUUUUCCGAUAGCAUAAAAAAGUAAUUACGAUAAUGCAAAGUUGAACAGGUGAUAAAAAUGCGCAUAGUCUGUCAAGAGUAGAUGUAGAAAGGAGCUGCCGUGGAGAAGAUCUAACCCGCCCUACUCUGUCCUUCCAUUUCUCUCUCCUUCUUUUUCUGUUUCUCUUUCUCUUGGCUGCCUCUGUUGACUGAUGAGCAUUCCAAAUGUUACCUGGGAUUAGAUUUUAUUCUGAGCCCACUGUUUCUCUUCUGAAGUUUGAGUCGAAGCACUGAAUCAAAGCCCCGCCUGGCUGUUUUUGUAAUUGUCGUUCUAUUAUUGCUGUUGCCAAAAGUGUUUUAUUUGGCUGAAUGUGGCUGUACUUUAAUAUAUUCUGUGAUUUUGACCAAUGUUUCAGUAUGCUCAAAUUUGGGUGACGUUGUGCACUUCAUGAUGAAGAGAAUAAUCGACAUCGUUGGCAUUCCGACAUUCCCCCAGAUGUUUUUUUUUUAGAGAACCAUACGUCCAGCUGUUGUAGAGUUGAAUCGAUCUUAACCUGUGUUUUGUCUCCGUGUAUAUCAACCCUCCACCGCACCCGCUGAGCUUUCACUCAGUAACUCAUUUUUCCCAGCUGCCACUGCUGAGGGUUUGGAGGAGGAGGGCGAUGCAGGAAACCAUCCCACAAGCAAGAUGCUUUGUUUGAUCUGGAGCUAUUUCCUCCAUGGCUGCCCUACAUGUUUCUUCGGGAGGCUGCAGUAACAGCAUGUGGUCUCUCGGGCAGUAAAGUUGCAUAAAUAACGACUACUUAAGCACAUCCGACAGUGACAGAUCCCUUCUCCGUUUUUAGUUCGGGUGGCACGGGAUCCAAAACAACACUCCCAGACACCAGGUGACAUUUCAAUCACGAUGUUUCAGGCUCAAUUAAACUGUCUGGGAUAAUGACAGAGUCCCUACCUCAACUUCAAUUCAGUGAUUACGCUUCAUGUUUAAAAACAAAACAAAAACAA